AUGCGGUACCUUGGGGUCUUUAUCGCUUUGUGCGCUUCGGCAUCGGCCGAGCAGUGGUGGUUCGACGCCUGGGAUGGCUUGAGUUGUGGUGAUGCGCCCCAAAACGGCGUGAUCUUCUCCACCACAGAAGGAACCGGUGAAAAGCUGUGCGUCAACUUCGAAAACAAUCAGAAAGCCUACUCCUACGCGGCUGGCUUUCCCGAGGGAGAGAUGGAAGUCCGCGGCUUCCUCUACGAACACUGUGAGGGCCCCAACCGGACCCUGACGCCCAAUACAUGCACGAAUCCGCAGAUCGAGAUUCCAUACAUCCGGUCAUGGCAGAUUGAGCGUUUAUGA